AUGGCGCAAAAAGGCCAACAAAUCGAUCUCACCUCCCUCACUACCGCCCAAUUAUCCCAAGUCAAGAAACAACUCGACGACGAACUCGAACAUCUCACCUCUUCCUUCCAACAACUUCGCGCUGCGCAGAGUAAAUUUAGAGAAUGUCUGAGAAGUAUUGGUACCGGUGUUGGAAAGGCUGUUGAGGGCAAACCAAUUCUCGUACCUCUCACAACAUCCCUCUACGUUCCCGGCGAAUUAGCAGAUACCGAGAAUGUAAUUGUAGAUGUCGGAACUGGUUUCUAUGUUGAAAAGAAUACCAAAGAUGCAACCAAAUUCUACGAAGCAAAAGUUGAAGAAAUUGGAACCAAUUUGAAGGAUUUAGAAAUUAUAGUCAACAACAAAUCAAAUAGUCUACGCGUGGUUGAAGAUGUUUUACGCCAGAAAGUUCUUAGCUCAACUCCAGGUGCUGAUUCAGCUUCAACAUCUUGA